CUAGAGUCACAAUUUGACUAAGAAAAAUAUUUUUUGGACGGCUUAUGUCCAAGUACCUUAAUCCAAGUUUCUCAUUCUUAUCUAUAAAUGGCUUAAAGUUCUAACUGGCCUAAAGCAUCAAAAUGGCAAAAGAGAAAUUCAGGAAUCGGGAACUACACGUGACCGUUCCCAGCUUAUUCCGGUGUCCGAUCUCCAUGAACGUCAUGAAGUCACCGGUGAGUCUAUGCACCGGCGUCACGUACGACCGCAGUUCUAUUCAGACGUGGCUUUCCUACGGCCACAAUACUUGUCCUGCCACCAUGCAGGUUCUCCCUUCCACUGAUUUCGUCCCCAAUCUCACCCUCCGCCGCCUCAUCCACCUCUGGCUCCACCACCAGGCCGCCAUCCCCUCGCCUUCCGCCGUUUCAAAACAGGAACUUCUCGACAUCAUCUCCAAUAAUGCCGAAGGUGGUCUCAGCUCGGCCUCGAUGGAGAAAAUCGUUCGUUUUGUGAAAUAUUCCGAUGAUAACCGGAGAUAUUUUGCUAGCACGAGAGAUGCAGUUUCUGGCGUCGCUGGACAUUUGAAGGAUUCAGCUGAGAUCGAAGUUUGCGAAUCGAUUGUUGCUCUUCUGGACGCGAUUUUGCCCGAGAACGGGAUUGGCGAGCACUUGAAUCGGUUAAUUUUGAAGAGCGGCAGCGAUUGUCUAUCGCGAUUUGUUCGGCUUUUCCGGGAAGGGAAAUUGAGCUCGAAGAUUCAGUCCGCCAGAGUUUUGGCGGCAAUUGCUUUGGACGGCGAUUCGCAGCUUAAGAUCUCCGAAAAACAAGGCCUACUAAACGAGCUCUGCCGCCUCGUCGGCUCAGAAACCGAUCGAUUAGCGGUGGAUGCCGGAAUUUCAGCGCUGCUAGUAAUUCCUUCUUCCAGAUCGGCCAGAAAGGAGCUCGUAAGAUGCGGCAUCGUUCAAACGAUCGGGAAAAUCCUCUCCGGAUCUGAACCGUCGGACGCAGUGACGGAGAAGGGACUGAAACUGUUAGAAACGGUCGCGACGUGUACGGAGGGGAGGGCCGCAAUCGGCGCCGAUGAGGAUUGCCUGGCGGGGACAGUGAAGAGGCUGAUGAAGUGCUCGAGUGCGGCGACGGAGGACGGGGUGACGGUGCUGUGGAGCGUGUGCAGCCUGGCGCGUGACAGCCAAGCGCAGGCGGCGGUGGCGAAGGUCAACGGGCUGACCAAGGUGCUGCUGGUGAUGCAGAGCGAUUGCUCGGAUGGUGUUAGGAAGAUGUGCGGAGAUUUGGUCAAAAUUUUAGGGGCGAGAAAUUCAAAGUCGUGUUUGUCCAGUUACCAGACUAAGACUACUCACAUCACACCGUAUUGAAUAUUUAUUGAUUGAAUCAUUGUACGGAGGAAUUCUCUGCAAUUCGACCCUUCUUCAUCUUUUUUUAUUUUUAUACUUACUUUUUGUGAUGAAAUUCAUUACACUUGUAUACCGUUGUGGAGAAUAUUUAAGUUGAAGUAAGAUUUUUUAUCCCAUCAAUAACAUUAUAUAGAUAGU